GCAUGCUCCUGGGCCCCAACAUCAACCUCUCCAUCCUCCUCGGUGGCUUCCUGGGGAGCGGGCUCCUUGGGCCCUGGGUGCAGGGCAGCCACGAGUGCGAGGCUUCACUGAAGGGCGCCGGGAACCCGUCCUGCUGGUACUAUUCCGAUGCACCCAAGUAUUUAGACAUGAAGGCUUACACGCUGUUCCCCGGUAUCGCCAUGGUAGUGGUUGAUGGCUUCUAUUCUAUCGUCAAGCUCGUGUUCAUUGUGAUCAAGGGCUUCACGAAGCCCAACUCUUACUCCAACGCCGGGGCCGCAGAGGAAGGCGUGGAUGACCUCACGACGCAGCGCGAGCUGAUCCGGAUCUUCACGGGUGCGAGGAUCCCUCCAUGGGCUUACAUCGGAGGUCUUGAUGGCCAACCUGCUGACGCCGAUCUUCGCCGUGGCAUCAUCAUCGGCAUGGGUAUGACCGAUUGGAACGUCUCCAGCAGCUUCGGCAAGCUGAUGAUGUUUCCGCUGGGCAUGCUGAACCACG